CCUCAAUCAAGCUGGUAAACCCAACCUGGAGGUACUGCCCUGAUUGUAAUAUUCCCCUCCCGAAUCUACCGACUAUUCUACCGGAAUGCAUCGAUUUGACAGCCUCACCGCCUCGUUCAGUAUUUCUCCAGUCCGGAACGGUCCCAAAAAGCCCCAAUUCAACUCAUAUGCAGCCCACUACAGGCCUGACAGCCCCUAGUACCAGUCUCCAUCAACCGACCCUAAGUAACUUCGCGCUCUCAUCGAAGUUAGCUAAAAGCUAUCGGGAUCAAAGCAUUACAGAGACAAAAGAGAAGAAACCGCAAAUAACCUACUCGAUUGGAAUCAAACUGUACUUUACAGAGUACUACGAGGAGGUUAUUUACGGCGAACCCAGCCCGAUAUAUACAAUCCUCCACCAACACCGCAUCUCUGGCCCGAAACGACUUAUUAUCAAUGAGAAGUGGGAGGACCAUAGCGCUCUGAUUCAGUUCCUCUUCGAUACGCAUAAGAUUAGCGAAGGCCUUCGGCAGAAGCAGUGGAAAUUUAUCGCUCCACUACCAGCCUCAAACUGCUUGAAAGUAGUACACCUAGGCCUUGACGAGACAGCCUCAAUCUCUAUUGCGCAGAUCAGGGACUAUUCAGGCUCAGACCGGAAGGGAGAUGACAUAUUUGUGACGACCCGACCAACAGGUCGCAAGAUCGGGCCAGGGACAAGGGCAGGUCAUGCACGCGGGGCAGCACACCCCUGGUUACAUAAGCAUUCCAUUAUGUCAGCCGGACGGAAGUGGAUCGCUGGGAUCACCACAGAUCCAAGACGAUCCAGGAUCACCGGGGAUCACCAAGGAUCCAAGACGAUCCAGGAUCACGACGGAAACCAGGUGAUCCAGGGAACCACGAUGAAGGACAAAGGAUAUAUAGCACCAGGAGGAUCUCCUCGUAAACAGUCGUUACCUUUGUACUUCAGCGAUCAAUCUAAGUAUCAUUCUCACCCUUCACUUGACCUAGUCACUCAAUUAACCCGAGUGUGAUAUCUCGCAAGAGACACGAACGACAACCCCCGAGACACGACAAGCACGGAACCUCCCGGCCCUUUCAGACUACGACAUUCUGAAACUUGAUAAAGUCCCUUGG